CUCAAACGUGACCAUAGUGAUCUCUUCAGUCGACUGCAUCGAGGCACCGUCCAUCACUGGAUGAAUGACUCGAAAAAUGGGUGGUCAGAGGGUACUCUGGAUAACAUUGCUCGCCGCCAUGCACUCGCCGGCUCUGGGAGAGCUGGGAUCCUCUCGCGACAUCCAGUGCUCGCAAAGAUGAUCACAGACAAGCUAAAGGGCCUGCGUGCCAGUGGUUUGCCUGUGAAUGUCCUUGUUGUCCGUUCCAUUGUACUUGCCGUGCUUAAGGAAGAGAAGCCAGAGAUUCUUGACCGCUUCAAGUGCUCCGAGAGCUUUGUUCGCGACUUUGUUGAAAGUCGGCUGAGCUGGUCAGUCCGAAAGGGUACCCGACAAGCUGCUCAUAUUCCAGAGAAUGCAGAG